AUGGUUCAGAACAAGUCCGUCAACUUCGUUGAGGUCCCCACGGGUUACCCCGUCAAGGACAAGACCAUGAAGCUCGUCACCGGCGAGAUCGACCUCGAGCAGAAGCUCGAGGACGGUGCCGUCAUCGUCAAGGUUCUCUACGUCUCCAUCGACCCUUACCAGCGUGGUCGCAUGAGGGACGCGUCCAUCAAGUCCUACGCCCCCGCUUUCAAGCUCAACGCACCCAUCGACAACGGUGGUGUCGCCCGCGUCGUCAAGACCGCCAACUCCUCCUACAAGGAAGGCGACGUCGUCUACGGUUACUUCCAGUGGUCCGAAUACCAGGUUAUCUCCCCCCAGGAAGCCAAGGCUCUCCGCGUUGUCGAGAACAAGGAGGGUCUCCCUCUCUCACACUACGUCGGUGCCCUUGGUAUGCCCGGUAUGACCUCCUGGUACGGUCUCACCCUCGGUAAGCAAGAGAAGGGUAAGACGGCCUUCAUCUCCGCUGCUUCCGGUGCCGUCGGUCAAAUCGUCGGACAGCUCUGCAAGCGCCGUGGAAUGUACGUCGUUGGAUCCGCCGGAGAGGAUGCCAAGGUCGACUUCCUCCUCAACGAGUGCCAGUUCGAUGCUGCGUUCAACUACAAGAAGGAGGGGCCUCGUGAUGCGUUGAAGAAGUACUGUCCUAACGGUAUUGACCUUUACUGGGAGAACGUCGGUGGUGAGACUCUUGACGCUGUUUUUGAGGCCGCGAACGACUUUUCUACCAUCAUUGCUUGUGGUAUGAUUUCUCAGUACAACACCACCGAGCCUUACGGUGUCAAGAACAUCAUGAACAUCGUUGCCAAGCGUAUCAAGAUGCAGGGAUUCAUCGUCCUCGACGAGUUCGACGGACAGUGGGUCCAGGACUUCUUCGCCGCCGUCCCUGGGUGGAUCAAGAACGGUGAGAUGAAGGUCAAGGAGGACAUUGCUGAGGGUCUUGAGAACGCUCAAGAUGCUUUCAUCGGUAUGUUGCAGGGUAAGAACUUUGGUAAGGCCAUGAUCAAGGUUGCCCAGGAGUAA